AUGGUGCCCCUUUUUGCCGCCGACGAGCCACAGAGCUUGCAAGUGUUCCGGAAGGCAGGCGGUGUUGAGGCGAUCGUGCGGCUCUUCCUUGCUAUCGACCUGACGUCCCCCCUGCCCAUCUGGGCUGCGCCGGAGGCCUCAACAACCUCAUCUACGGGCACCGCCUCCGUUGACAACGCACUGGCCGACGGCGAAACCGAAACAGGCCGUGCCAGCGGUAUUACGAGCGAAAGCAACGACGACGGCAGCGCGCCAACGCCUGUCGGUGAUGACGUCAGCAACAAAAACGAAAGCGAAAGCGAAAGCGAGAAAGAGAAAGAGAAAGAGAAAGAGAACGAAAACGAAAGCGAAAAGGCGGGGGAUGGGGCUGAGGGAGAGCGGCAACUCGAGGAAGGCGGCAGAGAAGCUGCUGCUGCUGCGGAGGAGGCGAGCGAUGACGCUCUGGUGCCACUGCUGGAUACGGCCGAGCCGAGCCGAUCCCUGACCCACCUGCUCGUGCAGACCCUGUGGAUGUUUGCCGGCAGUAUUGCCACGCCCGAGGACCGAUGCAAGGUGGGCACCGCCAAGGUGAUCGAGCAGGCCACGGCCAUGUUCGAGAGCGACCGCACCGACAUCCAGACCAAGGUGUGCAGCAUUGCAUUCCUGUCGUGCCUCGUGCGCAACGACAAGGCCUCGAUACCGGUGCUGAUGACCACGCGUGCGCGGUCGGUCAUGUUCCGCGCGUUUGCGGAGGCCACCCCCGACACCGACGCUGAACUGCUCACGCGCCUGGCCUAUGCCCUCACUCCGAUCCUGGGACACAACUCUGCAGACCGGAGCUGUUCGAUCAAGACAAUGUUCCAGAAGGGGAUUGUGAAGCACACGUUCGAUCUCUUGGAGCACUGCCUACAAGACGAUGCAAAGUACAACAUGACCACCCUCGCGCUGUUCCAAAUCCUGACCGAAAUGGCUGGUUUUGCCGAUGUGGCCACGUGCAGACAGAUUCUGGAUCGCCAGCUGGCGGCGAGCCUCAUCCGCGUGGUCCUCAAGCGAUUGGAGACCAGCGAAUGGGCCGCUCUCGCUGACACCCUCAUCGUGCUCAACAGUCUCCUGUCUGAACGAACGGCUCCCUUCCGGCCCACGCGCCAAAGGUUUCAGGGAGUGUUUAUCGAGACUGAGACCGAGGUGUCGGAGGCGGCGGGCAGGACGGCUACAGGACUCGACGCACUCGUGGACGUCCUGAACCAAGCCAUUCACCCCCUCGCGCCCUACGCCAUCGCCGCCAUCUUCCUCCUCUGCGAAGAUAACGCCGCGGUGCAGGAGUUCAUGCGAAACAACGAACGAGCGAUGGACACCCUCCGACGGUUCGGCGAGCCCGACAACCCUGGCCACGCGCCCGCGCAGGAGCUGCUGCUCUACCUCUCCAUGCGCCACUCUCCCCAGUAA